GAAAUUUACAGUCGUGGUAACAAACGUUGAUAUUUAAAAUUAAGCAUGAUUCCUCUCAAUCAUCCAUAUAAUCUAGCGUUACAAUUCAAAUUUCUUUCCAUCUAAGCACUGGUAGAUCGUAAUGACCACAUCAUUGAAUACUGGUACUGAGAAAGAAAUUGAAGAUCCCGUUGAGCGGAUAUUGAAGAAAACCGGUUGCAUAGAAUUACACUAUCAAGUUCAAGAGUGCAUAGCAGAGCAUCAGGACUGGAGAAAAUGUCAAAAUGAAGUAAAAAAGUUUAAGGAAUGCAUGGCUAAACAUACAAAGCAGCAAGAACAAAGAUAUUAAUAAUACUUUGAUUAAAAAAAGAUUAUGAAAAGAUGAGG